AUGGUGGAUCAACAACUUCCACCACCUCCUCCACCUCCUCAGCCAAAGCCAUCCAACCUCAACACAAAACCAUUGCCGAAUAAUCCGAAUAAAUCUGCUCCUUCUUCUCCUCCCGCACUAAAUGCUCCUUUUCUUGUAAAGGGCAACUCGAAAGACGAUACCAUCUUUGAAUUUAAGGACUCGAAACAAGAAACUGGUUCAAUUGGUCUGCCAUUUGUUGUUGGCAGAUACUUGGGAAGCCCACAACUACGGUCAUUCCCAGCUGAACGACUGUAUUUGAUACUGGGUCGCUUACGAUGCCUGAAUUAUACCAUCAGCAAAUACAACCAUGGACUGCAGUCUCCAUCGUCAUCAUUUACGCAAUAUUGGAAACGACGAGCAUUAGACCAAAUGUCUGGUUUUGGAUUUCAAAUAUCGGAUUCGACAAAGCCGAUACUCGUUAAUGGCCUGAACGAACUUAUUCUGAAAAUAGAAGACAUAUAUAGUGAUGAGAUACAUGCUGCUCGUGAACUCAUCGAUACGGGUUCAAUCGCAUUUGAUGGACUAGCAGAGCUGUACAGACCGGAUGUUCCUGUUAAGGGAGUUACAAGUUUGGGAGGAACUAUGGCAUUGUUUAUGGUAACAGAGUCGUAUUAUGAAGAACGACGUUCAUUGAUGGGUAAAGAGAAGAGUUUUCACUGGGAAAUGGAGUUUGUGAUUACGCUUGGUGGGCAUUUCUCGCCAGUGAGGUUUACAGAGGUGCUAAGUGGAUGGACUGGUGUCCGUGCUAGACCAUUAUCUGAAUUGACAUAUACAUCCACAUCGCAAGACUUGGAUACAUUCAAACAGAGAGGUCAACGUUAUGUGGCAAUUGCUGAAGGAGGUCCUCAAUUCCUGUCUUAUGCUCCACAUACAUUCUUCAUCCAUACAUCUGGCUUGUCUACGAGUGGAUCAAUGAUGUCUCGAUCUGGAAGCAACUUAUUACCCAAAGGAGGUCGUAUUAUGAUUGAUCCGUCUAGGGGUGCUUCAUUAGGACACCAUGCUUCUCAAGGUGCAGAUGAGCCUACGCUUGCAAUGAUUCAAGCUGCAGGACGAUAUAAACGGUUGAAACAUAGUCAGGCUGGUGGUAGCAGUACUGCUGGCAAUUCUCAAGAAUCAAUGGUUCUUUGGGACACGGUGCCUGAAGAAUUAGUCAUGUAUUGUUUCCCAUCGAUUGUGGGAUUCAGUUUCUCGGCAAAAGCAUGGGGUCAUGUAUUGGUGUCUGGACUGGAGGAUAUUAAAUUUAGUGAUAAGGCAUUUGAUCAGUUGGUGCUUGCUGAGGAACGUAAACAGCUGAUACGAGCGCUGGUAACAUUCGGCGGUGAUGAUGAUACGGAGGAUAUUAUUGGAGGCAAACGUGGUGGCAGUGUAUUCCUGCUUCACGGCCCACCUGGGGUGGGCAAAACGCUCACUGCUGAGGCUAUCUCCGAAGUGCUGCAUCGGCCAUUAUACUAUGUCACUAUGGGUGAGCUAGGGUUAACGCCUGAUGAGAUGGAGAAGAGGCUGAGUGACGUGUUGGAUUUAUGUGCUGGUUGGAAUGCGAUCGCAAUACUCGACGAAGCCGAUGUAUUCCUAGAGCAACGAGCUACCGCCGACAUUGUACGAAAUGCAAUGGUGUGUGUCAUGUUACGACUAUUGGAGUAUCAUCCAGGAAUCCUUUUCUUGACAACAAACAGGGUGCAGAGAUUUGAUCCUGCUUUUGAGAGUCGAGUUACGGUGGCUCUUAGAUAUGAGUCUCUGAAUUCAUCAGCACGAACACAAAUAUGGAAGAAUCUCAUGGCAAAAGUCAGCAUUCCUGUGUCAACCGAAGUCGUAUAUGAAGAAUUGGGUAAACAUGCUCUGAAUGGAAGGCAGAUAAAGAAUGCUGUCAGGCUUGCAGUGGCUCUUUCGAGGGAGAAGAAGAGCGAGGUGACGCAGAGUAUUCUCCAGACUACAUUGGCUAUAACCAAUCUAGGUCGUGAAGAGAUGCAGGCUGAUGACUCUUGGAAGGAGUGA